AUGGAACUUUCAGUUGUACCACCAAAAGAAGAGUCCAUUCAAAUUCGAGAGGUUUGGAAUGAUAACCUUGAAGAGGAGUUUGAGUUGAUUCGUGAAAUUGUUGAUCAGUAUAAUUAUGUAGCUAUGGAUACUGAGUUCCCUGGCGUGGUUUUGCGCCCUGUUGGGAAUUUUAAGAAUAUUAAUGAUUAUAAUUACCAGACUUUGAAAGAUAAUGUCGAUAUGUUGAAAUUGAUCCAAUUGGGUCUUACGUUCUCGGAUGAGAAUGGGAAUUUGCCAACUUGUGGGACGGAUAAGUUUUGCAUUUGGCAAUUUAAUUUCCGUGAGUUUGAUGUGACUGAUGAUAUCUUUGCAAGUGAUUCAAUUGAGUUGUUGCGCCAAUGCGGGAUUGAUUUUAAGAAGAAUAAUGAAAAGGGUAUUGAUGUGAAUCGGUUUGGCGAGCUUUUAAUGUCAUCGGGGAUUGUUUUGAAUGAUGGUGUGCACUGGGUUACUUUCCAUAGUGGGUAUGAUUUUGGCUACUUGCUUAAGCUUUUGACUUGCAGGAGUUUGCCCGAGACACCAUCAGGAUUCUUUGACUUGAUCAAUAUGUAUUUUCCAAUGGUUUAUGAUAUCAAGCAUUUGAUGAAGUUUUGUAAUAGCCUGCAUGGUGGAUUGAACAAGCUCGCUGAGUUGUUGGAGGUGGAGAGAAUUGGUGUGUGCCAUCAAGCUGGCUCUGAUAGUUUGCUCACAUCCUGCACAUUUAGGAAGUUGAGGGAUAACUUUUUCAGUGGCUCAGCCAAGAAGUAUGCUGGUGUUUUGUACGGUCUCGGUGUUGAGAAUGGACAGAAUACUAAUUGA